AUGUAUAAGAGUCCAAAUUCUCCCCUGCAAACUAACGACCUGGACAUCCUGACAAAUCCAAAUGACCUUUUUCUAGCAGCUGGUGACCUUAACGCAAAACAUCAGUCCUGGAACUGUCGCACUACAAACCAGGCGGGUAGAAUUCUCCACCAACAUAUGGAAACAUCCAACUCAUACUCCAUUUGCGCACCUGACUCCCCAACACACUACUCCUACAAUUCUCUACACAGGCCAGAUAUCCUGGACAUAGCACUUGUAAACCUCCAUCACAGAGAGUAUGUCCUUACUAAUCAUAAUGAGCUAACGUCAGACCAUAACCCAAUUGUUAUGACUAUAAGCGACUCUCCUAUUACGAUUAACCCUCCGGCUGCCAGAAAAAGAAUCAACUGGAAAAAAUUUGAGCAAGAACUAUCGCUUAAAUCUCCAAAACUAACGACAAAACUAUCAAACCCAACAGAAAUCGACAACGAGGUCGAUUCAUUUACCACACUCAUAAAGUCAACAAUCGAAAAAUGCUCCUACCUCAUUAACAAACCUCAAACCAGAGAGCCACUCUCCCCCGAUAUCUUACUUGAGAUUGCCACCAAACGAAAUCUAAGGAAAGACUGGCAACGCACUAGGCAUCCAGCAGUAAAGACAAUGCUGAACGCCCAAAUAGUAUAUGUCCGAAACCUCCUUAAAGAACACCGUCAACUAGCAUGGGACCGUUUCACAUCCACACUAAACUUCCAAGAUCAAUCACUCUAUAAAUUAAAUCGUCGUCUGCUUCACAAGAAGCCAGCUUCCGCCCCGUUGACGACAAACUCCGGGCAAAAAAUUUACGACACUAAAUCCAAACUGGAGCUGUUUGCAGACACAAUGAGGGACCAGUUUACCGCCAACCCUGGGAACGAGCUAUUGGAGGUCAACCGAUCGGUCAACGAACUGAACGGAUACUCCACAAAGUCAAGCCUUUUCACUACCCCUGGGGAAGUGUUUGGAAUUAUUAAAAAUCUACCAUCCGCCAAAGCCCCUGGACACGACAACAUAACUAACGCUGCACUAAAGCACCUUCCAGCCCCUGCCAUCGUAAGACUAAGCAACUUAAUCACAGCUUGUCUCAGACACUCUUACUUUCCGACCUCCUGGAAAACUGCCAUCAUCGUCAUGAUUCCGAAGCCCAACAAAAACCACAAUCUACCAAUCAACUACAGGCCAAUUUCACUUCUCGUCACAAUGUCAAAAGUCUUUGAAAAAAUCCUACUAAGCCAUCUAAACAAAUAUUUUAAGCCAAGAUCAGAACAACACGCUUUCCGACACGGACACUCGACGACUACGCAACUCACUAAAUUGAUCGACGACUUGGUAAUAAAUACAAAUAAUAAUAGACACACGGCUGCCAUUUUCUUGGACAUGGAGAAAGCGUUCGACAGAGUGUGGCACGACGGAUUAAUCCACAAACUCCACACAAUGUCAACCGUCCCCACAUCCCUGAUAAAAAUCAUUAAAUCUUUCCUAUCAAACCGAAACUUCCAAAUUCAAAUUUCCGACCUCAAAUCAACCCUCAGAACAAUCGAAGCAGGAGUUCCACAGGGGUCAUGCCUUUCUCCCCUAUUAUACACUCUAUACAUCAAUGAUCUCCCAUCCUCACCUCAUGUUACUACUUCAUUAUUUGCUGACGACACCAUGUUUUACUCUAGUAACACGUCGAAAAACUUCGCCAUAAUCCGUCUCCAACGCCAAGUCACCACGACAACCAACUGGAUUAAUAAAUGGCGUUUAAAACUGAACCCUCAAAAAACGGUAUGCAUACUUUUUGGAACCAGCCGAAAAGAAGCCACGCGAAAAAUCCAAAUACUAGGCCAGACAAUCGACUGGAAAAACAAGACCACCUAUCUCGGCGUCACACUAGACAAAGCCCUGCGCCUAAAUGAUCACGUCAAGGUCUGCAUCAGGAAGGCCAAGCAAGCCAGAGGGGCACUAUACCCGAUACUUAACAGCAGAUCACCCAUCCCAAUGCCAACCAGACUCUCAAUUUAUAAAUUAUAUAUCAAACCAAUUUUACUAUAUGCCUCUUCGGCAUGGGGUCCUCUCAUCAGUGCAUCAAACUGGGCAAAAAUAGAGGCAGUUCAAAACGUUGCGAUCCGUACAAUCACAGGUGCCCACUUUUUCACCAGAAAUAACGCGAUCUUAAAUCCACCCAUAAACUCUCUGAGAAACGAAGCAGAACUAGCGGCUAGGGUAUUUUAUCACAGAAAUUCCCAAUCAACAUUCGCCCACAUCCGCGACAUUGGAACAUCACCAGCUCCUCAAAUACUCACACGCCGACCAAGACCAAUCAACUUUGCGAAAUCACAAUAA